AUGGGUCUGUUAAAACUCCAAGAGACGCCAGUCCAUCAAUAUUGUCAAGUCUCCAGUCAUUCGGGUGCCUCCCGGAGUCAGUUAUCUAGACGGAGAGGAAUAUUGUCAAUGUGCCCUAAACAUCCAAAUGAACAGCAUCUACAAGAGAGUGGACUCUCAAAUGAACAGCAUCUACAAGAGAGUGGACUCUCAAAUGAACAGCAUCAACAAGAGAGUGGACUCUCAAAUGAACAGCAUCAACAAGAGAGUGGACUUUUGGAUGACCAACAUCUUAAAGAGAACAUCGCAGUCUCAAAUGACCAGAAUGUACAAGAAAACGUAGUCUCAUUUAGCCAUUCUAUAGAAGGUGAAUCGCCACACGAACAGCCUACAAAAUGGGAUCCUAAAACCCACACCAUUCCAGUAGACACAGAUGCAUUUGGUGACAUAGUAUUUAGUGCAGACAAGGAAAAAUCAAGGAGAGAAAACAACGCGAUACCUACUUUUAGAUACAAAAUGGACGCGAGACAAACUGACGAUAAGAGUUGGGACGAGGUAGAUCUCAGUGUGAUAAAGGGUUCGCAACAAUGGGUCUGUUAUCACUUCAAGAGACGCCAGUGCAUCAAUAUUGUCAAGUCUCCAGUCAUUCAGGUGACUCCCGGAGUCAGUUAUCUAGACGGAGAGGAAUAUUGUCAAUGUGGUGAGACUAAAGCUGAUCAUCCCACUUAUAAAGGAAAUAUUCAUGGGGACCUAGUCAAAAAUAGCCCCAAAUAUCCUCUCAAAAACAGCAUAUUCUCGAAUAAACAGCAUUCACAAGAAAGCCAACUACCGAAGAAACAGUCUUUCCAAGAAAACGGGAUCUCAUUCAAACAGCAUCUACAAGAAAAUGAACUCUCAAAUGAACAGCAUCUACAAGAAAAUGGACUCUCAAAUGAACAGCUUCUACAAGAAAAUGGACUCUCAAAUGAACAGCAUAUACAAGUGAGUGAACCUCCGGAUGGACAGCAUCUUGGAGAGAACGUCGAAGUCUCAAAAGAACGGAAUGUGCAGGAAAACGUGGUCUCGGAUAACCAUUUAAUAGAAGAACAUGAACAGCUUGCAAAAUGGGACCCUAAAACCCACACUAUUCCAGUAGACACUGAUGCAUUUGGUGACAUAGUAUUUAGUACACACAAGGAAAAAUCAAGUAGAUAUAUACGACUAGAUUAUCUAACUGAAAUAAAAUCUAAGAAGGUUAUAGACGAUCUAAUGUACUUCCUUAAGCUGGAGAAACCAAGUCUAGUCAUAUCUGUAACAGGUGGCGCUAAAAACUUCAACAUGAAACCGAGGCAAAUGAAAGUAUUUAGAAGCGGUCUUGUAAAAGCAACAAGGUGUAUUGAAGGUGCUUGGAUCAUAACGGGAGGAAUGCACUCUGGGGUGAUGAAAUACGUGGGAGAGGCUGUGCACGCCAACGACGCUUCUGCAGAUAAAAAGAAAGUGACAUGCAUCGGCAUCGCUCCCUUGGGAUGCGUGUCAAACCAAAAGAGAUUACUAAAUAAAAACCAUCAGUUACACCGUUCGGAACCAGUUGCACGAUAUGAGUGUAAAGACAAUCCACCGAGGAAAGAGUGCUUCCUAGAUUUGAACCAUUCCCAUUUUAUCCUGGUGGACAACGGAACAAGACAUCAGUUUGGAACAGAAAUUGAGUUCAGAGCGGAGUUCGAGAAUGCAGUGUGUAAAAGAUGGAGUGACCCUGUCCCCUUAGUAUGUGUCGUGGUUGAGGGGGGUCCAGGGACACUAGAGACGGUGAAGUGUGCCAUGGAGCAGGGAUCCCCUGUUGUGAUCAUUGAGGGGUCAGGCCGUGCUGCUGAUAUUCUGGCGUAUGCUUACUCUGAAUGCCGUAAUAGCAAAUCAGGUGAUGGCACUGUAACAAUAAAUGAUGAGCAUAGAACUGAUCUUAGAGGAAAGAUCAUCGCAGCUUGGGGAGACAGAAAUGUGGAUAAGCAUAUGGGAUGGUUAUUUGAAUGCAUCAGCAUGAGAGAACUCAUAACUGUGGUGACACUGGAUGAUCAUUCACAAAACAGUAUCGAUUCGGCCAUUUUAGAAGCUGUACUGAAAACAAAGAGUGCUAAUAAGUUGGACCAGUUGAAUCUCGCUCUUGGAUGGAACAGGAUUGAUCUAGCCAAGCAACAUAUAUUUGAUGAACACGAAUGGAAGGACGAUGACCUUUGGGAUAUGAUGUACAAAGCAUUGUUAAACGAUAGGACGGAUUUCGUGCGUCUUUUUAUUGACCAUGGGUUAGACCUAAAAAAGUUUGUUACGAGGGAAAGGAUGGAAAAACUCUACACAAAUAAACCUGAUAGUGUACCUAUGAUUGAAAAGAAAUUUAACCUAUGCCAAACAUUGAUUAAGAAGAGGUUGGCAUAUUGGAAAAAAUUGCAGAAAAUCAAGCCAGGUGGAAGAAAGAGUAUAAAGUUAUCCAGCCCCAGUGUGUUUUCUAAUGUCCCAUUGGUGAUAAAUGCGUUGAUGGGAGAUUUCUACACAUACCCUCAAUAUGUAGAUGACGGCGACAAGGAUAAAGAUGCGAUAUACUACGAGCAGCCUGCAAGGGAACUGUUUAUGUGGAGUGUGCUAAUGAAUCGUGAAGAAUUGGCAGUGGUUUUCUGGGAUGAAGGAAACGAUGGAAUAGCAGCUGCGCUGACUGCUUCAAAGAUCCUUAAAGAACUGGGUUACUCUUGUGUGGAUGACUAUGAACUACAAGCGGAUAUGCGAAAGAAUUCCAAAUUAUGGGGUGAGAGAGCACUAAGCAUCCUGAUGAAUUGCUAUAUCUCGAGUGAGGUUAAGGCACAAAAACUCUUGAUGUUUAAGCAAAGGCAUUUCGGAGGCGACACAACCAUAUUGGAACUUGCUGUGCAAACUAAGAACAAAGAGUUCGUCUCCCAUUCUUGUUGUCAGAGCCUGCUUAGUAAGAUCUGGACGGGGAAACUCAGCCAGGACAACCAUAAACUGAAGUUGCUGCUGUGUACACUAAUCCCGCCUCUGCUGUUUUUCUUUGUGAAAUAUGAAAAGAAAGAAACAAAAUGUGGAGAUGUUGCCUAUGAGGAAGUAGAGUUAGAUGAAAUCAAUGGCAAUACAACAAAUAAAAUUGAUAACAAAAACUCCAGAACUGAUGACACCGACAGUGAACGACAAAGGCCUAUGCUGACACGAAGAGAAAAGCUGAGCUACUUCUACAAUGCUCCCUACAUAACAUUCAUUCACAACUUUUAUACACAGGUAGUGUUUCUGCUGCUGUUUUCUUACCUCCUAUUGAUCCAGUUCAAGCCGACCUGCAGCUACCUAGAGAUAGUAAUCAUAGCUUGGGUGGUGACCAUUACAGCAGAGGAAAUAAGACAGGCCCGAAUCUCGAAACACUACCAUUACCUCGGCGACUGCUGGAACUGGCUUGAUAUCAUCAACAUUGGGCUGUUCUUCCUCGCCGUGGUUUUACGUUUUCUCCCGUUCAACAAGACAUUCGAGGCCGCAAGGGUUACCUAUGCCUUUGACCUGGUCACCUUCUAUAUUCGCCUCUUGAAUAAUUGUUCCACGAACACCGAACUGGGUCCAAAGAUAGUCAUGAUCAACAAAAUGAUAAUCGAUGUCGGUUUCUUCCUGAUUAUACUAUCGGUGUUCACGCUAGCAUAUGGGAUAUCUUCGCAUUCCAUUCUCUACCCAAAUGCCCCUAGUCUGAGCUGGGACCUCUUCGUACACAUAAUUCUGAAGCCAUACUGGCAGAUGUAUGGGGAGCUUGAUUUGGAGGAUUUAGAAAGAGGAGAUCACUGCAAUUCAAAUGGAACAAGUAAUAUCCCAGAACUGAAAUGUCCUACUCAGACAGGCACAUAUAUCAUACCUUGGAUGUUGGCGGUGUACAUGCUCUUCACUAAUGUUCUCAUGAUCAACCUUCUCAUAGCUAUGUUCAGUUACACCUUUAACAAAAUUCGUGAGUCUCAUGAUAUCGUCUCUAAGUUCCAAUGGUAUCAUUUUGUGCGAGAAUACACACUCCGUCCUCCAGUGCCGCCACCUUUUAUCAUCCUGGUACACUUUUAUCAACUCAUGAGAUUUGUAGCGGGAAAAUGUAACAGACACCCAGAGACGACAACAUGUUGGCAACGCAGGAGUAACAAAUUUGAGGUGAAUUCUGACGAUGCAAAGUCGCUGAGAGAAUGGGAGAAUAUGAUCUGUGACGAAUUUAUGCGCGCGCAUAAACGGGAACAUAAGGAGAGUAUCUAUGACAUGAUGAAAACGUCAACUGAAGAGAUGAUGUGUACCAAUGGAAGACUGGAUUCUAUAACCAGCAGACUGGAAGUAAUAGAGGAACUCCUUGACACGAAACAAAAUCAUCUAGAAGGACGUCUAAAUGAAAUAUCCAGGCUUCUACAGCAUUUAACUAAACGUGAAAAUAAACCUGAUGUCUCCAAACCGCCGAUUGACGUCACUGCUUGGAGCGUCUGAAUCUGGACUAUAUAUAGAACAAUCACAUUUUAUGAUUCAUUGAAUCAUUCUCAGUGCCGUUGAACACCGACUUGUGACCAAAUCGUUUGUUACGAUGAUCUCAAAUCGGUUC